UUUCAGCGUCGGCGUUGAUUUCAUACCAAACUCAUACUUUACAUUCCACCUUUACUGUCAAACUGGGGGAAAUAUUUAUAGAAAAGAAAAAGACACCUGAAAAAAUAAAGAAGUUUAAAUACACGAAAGUUUGACUUUCGCUUUAUUUAGGAAAAAGGUUUACCGACUUUAGAUUGUCGGACUUGAAUCCCCACUGUAUUCAUACUUUCCACUACUUGUUCGGGGGCUUCACAGACUAUUUUUAUUAUUUUACACGGGGAUUGACACAAGGAAAAACAGUGGGGGGACACGCCACAACUGGAUGAUUAGGCUACUUUGGCAAGCGCUGUUUUUGAAGAAUCCGCUUAAUAAAUUCACAGCAGCCCCAGGGGGCCUCCGUCACCAUUGCGUCUAACGAGUGGAACGCGAACGGCAGCCCGGAGGGGGCGCUGGAGGAGGGCAGCGAUGAGAUGGACAAGACCAUGGACGGGGAUGCCGAAGGCGUGUGGAGCCCCGACAUCGAGCAGAGCUUCCAGGAGGCCCUGGCCAUUUACCCACCCUGCGGCCGGCGCAAGAUCAUCCUCUCCGAUGAGGGCAAGAUGUACGGUCGCAAUGAGCUGAUAGCCAGAUACAUCAAGCUUCGAACUGGCAAAACCCGCACGAGGAAGCAGGUGUCUAGUCACAUACAGGUGUUAGCGAGGAAGAAAGUGCGAGAAUACCAAGCCGGCAUCAAGGUCUCUAGCCACCUGCAGGUUCUCGCCCGGAGAAAAUCCCGCGAGAUGCAGUCAAAGCUGAAGGCCAUGAACCUGGAUCAGGCAUCCAAAGACAAGGCUCUGCAGAACAUGGCUGCACUUUCCUCAGCGCAGAUCGUGUCCCCUGGCAUGACGAAGACCCCCCUGGCCCCCAUGCCCCAGUCACCGUACCCCCCGCCUUCCCGGUUCUGGGCUACCUCCAUCCCUGGACACCCAGGACCCCCUCAGGACAUCAAGCCCUUCUCGCAGACGCCAUACUUACAAGGCCCAGUGCCCACGCCCAUACCCACUUACGAGCCUCUAGCGCCCCCGCUGGCCCCGGCUGCCACGGCGGUGCCCGUGUGGCAGGACCGCACCAUCGCCUCCUCCAAGCUGCGCUUACUGGAGUACUCGGCCUUCAUGGAAGUGCAGAGGGACCCCGACACGUUCAGCAAGCAUCUGUUCGUCCACAUCGGCCAGACCAACCCAUCCUACAGCGACCCCCUGCUGGAGGCUGUGGAUGUGCGGCAGAUCUAUGACAAGUUUCCUGAGAGGAAGGGCGGCCUGAAGGAUCUCUACGAGAAGGGCCCCCAGAACGCCUUCUUCCUGGUCAAGUUCUGGGCGGACCUGAGCGGCGGCGACGUGCAGGACGGCCCCAGCUCCUUCUACGGAGUCAGCAGCCAGUACAGCAGCGCCGACAACAUGACCAUCACAGUCUCCACCAAGGUCUGCUCCUUCGGCAAGCAGGUGGUGGAGAAGGUCGAGACAGAGUUUGCUCGCGUAGAGGGCGGCAGGUGCGUGUACAGGAUCCACCGCUCCCCCAUGUGCGAGUACAUGAUCAACUUCAUCCACAAGCUCAAGCACCUGCCCGAGAAAUACAUGAUGAACAGCGUUCUAGAGAACUUCACCAUCCUGCAGGUGGUGACGAACAGGGACACGCAGGAGACCCUCCUGUGCAUAGCCUUCGUGUUUGAGGUGUCUGCCAGUGAGCACGGCGCACAGUACCACGUCUACCGACUCAUCAAGGACUAGGCACUGUGACUGGCAGGGGCUUCAGCUCGCGCCUGGUGGCAUGAAAGAAAAUCGCUCACAGCGAAAGCCGGGGAAACAUGCAAGGACACACACACACACACACACACACACACACAGACACGGCACAUGCGUGAUGAGAAACACGAGCGUUUAUCUGCUCUCUGCCUCCUCUUCUUAAUAUAGGAAAACAAGCAAGCAAAAAUAACCAGCAGUCUUUCAGUCGUGUACCUUAAUCUUUCAGGGAUAUUCCUUCUGUUUUAAGUUGGUGAGUGAGCGAGCGAGCGAGGCUCUCGUUAAGAGGGCGUGCGGACCGGGAGUGGGGAUUGCGUGCGGAUACGUUUUUAGUAUUCUAGCCAAGGGGUGGGGCGGGAGGUGGAAAAUUGUUGCUGGGCUAUUGAGUGUUUAUGAAGAAUCAUUUGAAAUGGUUUGCAUGCAUUCUGUCUGUUUUCCUUUCUAAAAUAUAAGUCUUGAGACCAAUAAGUCCUUUAAUCGCAGAUGACUACCUCGUCCUGGAUAAGCAAAGGAAAUCAAGAUAAGGAAAAACAUUAAAUCGCAAAGCAGAACAGGGCUAAGGAUCCCUUUGUCUUUAGUCUUUCAUAAAAGUCCCCUUAAACUCGGAUUGCUCCGUUCCCGCAUUAUUCCUCUCUGCGCUUUUGGAUAACAUGCUAAUUGAGUUCUUCUCGAUCCCCCCCACCUAAUAAAGUCUAUAAAGAGCGUAUUGUAGCCCCCCUCCCCUUAAGCACUAAUCCUGUAUCCUCCUUGUUUGCCUUUUGAGGAGCUUGUGAAAGGCCGGCUUCCGGUGUGAAGGUUCCAGCUUUGUCUCCCCCUUCAAUAUAGCGCACAGAUAAAAGGUAGCCUGGCUGGUUUCUGAGUGAUGCAGCACUUAUUCUAAUACUGCUGGCUUUCUGCACCACUUUCCCCCCUAAAACAUCCCCUAAAAUAUCAGUCCUUUAGCAGGCAGGUCAGAGUACUGGAGUAGUACUUUGGAUAAAUUAACCCAAUGGUCAAAACCAGCUGAACUGCGCAGGGAAAGUAGUUUUAUAAUAGUCUUGUGGGAUAUAUUCAUAAUUCGGACUUAACGGAAGACUGGAGCUAGAAUAUUAUGUUAGCCUAACAAGCUAUUAUAGAGGUGUUUCCUGCAAAACUAAUUAUGUGAACUGCUUGUAUUGAGCAAAAGGCCAAAACUACAGUAUCCCAGGAGUUAAUUACUUGCUUCUCCCUUUCCAACACAGCAGAGGCACAAAUGGAGAGCAUUGUGAGUAGCUAAAGGCCGGCCGCCCCGUCCUUCGCAGCUGCCGUCCCAGCGUUCGGUUCCGCCCCAUGUAGCUGGGCCACGCUGUCCGCUGGAGUACCGGACGUGACCUGUAACACCGCGGUGCAGAACUGGCAACUUGUGCUGGCAACAAGUUCUUUAGUUGCGUGUGGGAAGAGGGAAACACAGGGCGCAGGGUCUGUUUUUCACACACCUGUUGAUCUUAGACAGUGAUUUCUUUUCACAUUUACCUUUGGAAAUGACGACACCCGCUAUUUAGAAUCCGCCAGCUGCAGCCGCCACCGGAGUUUCUGCAAAAUCGGGGGGGGGAGGGGGGGGUGAGUGGGCACGAUCAGCGUCCGAGAUCAACAACUACAGAAGCUUGUGAACAGAGUGGAAAUUGCCAAAAAGGAAAAAAAAAAAUGAAAUGGAAAAAUAAGCACAGUCCACUGGACUCUGAACAGCCACUCUGCCUACGGGAGCGGCGGCUUUUUUAUUUUUUGGUUUUGUUUAUUCUCUUGGUUUUAUAUACAGUUUUGUGUUCUAAAGACUUUCAUUCAUAACUCGAAUUGUUGUGUGUUGACCUGACAUGUUGGUGACGUGUCUCAUGUAUUUGAAGCAGACGAGCGUAGGUGAGUUUCCCAUUUUACCUGGUGAUGCACUCUGACCUUGGCUCCCAUUGGUGCAUUGUUUUCUUGUUCUUGUAAAUUUUGGUUUUCUACAGAUGGAUGGGGUUGUGUAAUCGGUGUAUUAUGUAUAAUCUAUCAAUAAAAAGCAUGGUGACUAAAGACCCAUUUUCAUACAGAGAACAGUACACAGGACUGGCGUGUGCGUUUAUUUUAGUCAUUGAAUUAAUAGGUCUAUGCAAGUAAUAUCUGCAGGUCUGCUGUUUGCAUUUAGUUUGAUACAAUAACAUUCAAAAAGUUUUGUGACAACUGGGCCACAGUUUUUAAUUCCAUGAUAUAAACUCGUAAUCUUUCUAAUCAGUAAGUCCAUAGCAGCAGUGUGUUGGAAACAUUUUACUAUCUUUCAAAAUUGUUACAGGCCACUGAAUCUGCAUUAAGUUGGUUUCAAUUUCAGAAACAAAAACUUGAAAGAUCCAAUGAAAUGUUACUCGGCCUUAAGCUCAGUUUUCAUCAUGAAAUAAGUUGAGUUGCUGUCAAAAUAUCAACUCUGUCCUAUUAUGUUACAGAAUUCACCGUUAGUCAAUAACUGGUGAUUUAAGCAGAUAAGAGUUGUAAUGUGUUUUUCUUUUUGGAAACUUCAUCUGCUAUAAAAUUCAUUUUUGGAAAGGUCUGUGCGUCCAUCUGGAAGCAUGCUCAGUCGGAAAGAAUUUGUGCUGUAAAACAAAACGUCAGCAAACUUGUCGCAUCCCAGUGAUAAAGUAUAGAAUUCUGGAAAAUGGUUUCGUUUAGUGGUUGUUUUUUUUCCAUGCCAAUAAAAUGCAAACAAAACA